ACUCUCAAAUUUAUUACAGUUACUCCAACAGAAUCUUCAUCUUGGACCGCUGCUGUGCCAUCCUCAGUGAAAGGUCUCCUUGGCUCAUGUGUGGUGAUCCCCUGCUCUUAUAACUACCCAGAACCACAAAAAAGCCCACAGACCUUCACGGGGAUUUGGUAUAAUAAUGAUAAUCAAGUCAUCUGUCAUUCUGAUGCAUCUCAAACUCCAGCUCAGUUUCAGAGUCGGACAAAGCUGCUGGGAGACCUCAACAAGAAGAAUUGUUCUCUGAUGAUUGAUAAACUUACAAGAAGAGAUGAAGGGACCUUUCAUUUCAGGAUUAUAAUGGAAGCUUAUGCCGUAUUUUCCUACUCAAAGAACAAAAUCUCUGUUUCAGUGAUUGAUGAACCAAAUCCCACUGAUUUCUCUGUGCAAGAGGAGGUAAAGGAGGGUCAAACUGUGUCUGCAUCCUGCUCGGUGUUUCACUCCUGUCCCACAUAUUCACCUUCUUUCCACUGGAGUCACUCUGGAGAGCAGCAUGAUCAAACACAGAAGCUUCAAAAUGGCCAGUGGAAUGCAACAUCUACUUUGACCUUUCGCUCAAACCGCUCUGAUCACAACAAACCUUUACAAUGCAGUGUUACAUACCACGGUGGAAAGCAGCGGGUAACAUCCAAGACCCUUAAAGUAAAAUAUGCUCCAGUGAAUGUGAAGGUUGAGUACCAGUCAGUGAAUGAGGGAGAGACUGCACACCUGAAGUGCUCCAGUGAUGCUAACCCUGUCAGCAGCUAUGAGUGGCACAGUGAAAUUGGUACUCUGCUGAAUAAGAGACAAACCUACACAAUGUCAAAUGUCUCCAGACAUUCAAUAGAGUCCAUGUACUGCACUGCUGUCAAUGAGGAAGGACGAAUCAGAUCAAGCACCGUGAAGCUCAAUGUGUUAUAUCCCCCUGAUAUUAGGACUUCAUCUAAGUGUUUCUCAGAGGAUGAUGAGGUAAAGUGUGAGUGCAUCGUGGAGUCCAGGCCUCACAGCAUGGUCCAUUUUGUUUUUGGUGACAGAGUUCUGCAAAGCACCAGCGUAGAGACAGUUGGCUCUGUUACUACUGGAACUCUGCAGACAGACUUUGGGUCCUUUAAGUUUGUUCACUGCCUGGCAAACAACACACUGGGAAAUGCUAACCUCACACUCUUGUUACCUGCUAAUGACAACAUGCAGAAUAUUUUCAUAGUCUCUGGAGCAGGUGUGAUUUUUCUGAUUAUUCUGAUAGCCACUGGAGUGGGAGUUGUUAGAAAAUGCAGGGGGAGAUCAAGGGAGACGCCAUCAUCAGACUUGGGCACCAUGAAAGCAGAGAGACCUGUGGAGCUCCCUCGUUAUGCCCCAACAAAAAGGAAAGAGGACAGGAAGGAUAUGUCUUGUUCUGACAUUUAUGCCAAUGAUCAUGUCUAUGGCAAUACUGACUGCGAUGAGUCAAUAUACAACAAUGUGUAGCGUGUGGAAGAUCAGCUUCAGUCCAGGUUGUUAUGCGAGUCAAGAAAUAAGAAAAACCUUAAACACUUUGAAAUAUUAAUUGUUUAUUUCUGUCAUCUGUCAUUUUCUUUCUAAAACACAAUAAGUAAAUAGUAAUCUUUAAAAUUGUGCUUGUUGCUCUCAGAGGAUUUCUUUACUUGUUAUCAAAUGAUGUGCUUUGAAUUAUUACCAAUAAAGUACUCUAAUAAUA